AAGAACAAAGUUGUUUCCCUUGUGUAAUGCGGAAGUCGGAAGUGUAAACAAACUCUUGAGAUGGUCAGAUAACCCAGAAACAUUGCCGUACCAAGCGUCCAUGAUGCAGGCUGUCAGCCUGAUAGCUGUACUGAUGGUGCUGCUAGGCAACAGUGACCAGGUCGUCGGGAGAAAGAAGAACAGAAACUUGCCACUCACAGUUGAGAAGUAUCCGAACUGCAAGUAUUACAAGAAGGGCCAUGUUGGAGUGUGUGACCUUGCCACCAACACUCAGGUCAAGACGCUGGCUCUCAAGAAAGGUGGAGAUAGCUGUCCCCAGACCAAGAACAUAACAGAAUCCUGUAAUUCCAUGAAGUGCAAGUACCGGUUUGCGGGCUGGGGGUCCUGCAACAAGGCAGACAACACCAGAGUGAAGUUGUUCAAACUCCGGGCUGGACAGCCAGAAACUUGCCCAACAGAGAAAAGGAAGUUUCGUCAAUGUAAAACACCCUCCAAAAAGAAUGUGGACUGUAGGUACAAGAAAGGUCCAUGGUCCGAGUGUGACUCCUUGACACAGGUCAAGACAAGGUCCUUGACCUUGAAGAAAGGGGACAGAUCGGAGUGUCAGAAUGUGAAAAUGGUGAUGAAGAAAUGCUUACCAACAAACAAGUUUGGCUCCAAAUCUAAUGGCUUGCCCAUAUCAGAGGCAACACUGAAUGACUCCACGGAGUCUGUGUUCAGUCUGAGGCUGCCGGAGCCGCCGUCACAGCCGCAGGUGAUGGAGUCUGACGUCACAGACACCAGUGUGAAGAUGACGUGGCAGCCCGGACCCCGGGCCCAGCAGGACAAACUCCUCGGCUACAUCAUCGAGUACUUCAGCAUCACUGGCCAGAAGCAUGUCUGGGUGACGGCAUCAAAGGAAAUCACACAGAACUCGUACACUGUACAGAAUCUGCAGCCAGGGACAUCGUACAUGUUCCAGGUUCGGGCCGAGAACGAGAUCGGCAUCAGCCAGGCCAGCCCUCCCUCGGACACCAUCAGGACACACAACAAAGUCUACAGUGCUCCGUCCCGGCCUACUCAUCUGCGUCUGAGGCCGAGCAGCAACAGCGUGGUGGUGGACUGGGCUCCGCCUCCGGCCAGUGACCUCGUCGACGGCUACAUCCUCAGCUACGGGAAGGGCAUCCCGGACACACACAGCACAGUGGUGGACAAGCACCAGAUGUCGUACACCAUGCAUCAACUAGAACCAAACACGGAGUAUGUGGUGAAACUGGUGGGCUUCAACAAGAUUGGAGUGGGACAGCCUCUCUAUGAUGCAGUCAAGACACUCAAAACAUGGAGCCGUAACAGCGUACUCACUCCACCAGUGGGGCUGCAGGGCAGUGCCCAGUCCGAGUCCUCCAUCGUUGUGGCGUGGAGCGACGUCAACCAGAAGGCCGGGGUACAGCUUCCCGACAACUACUUGUAUAAGGUGCGCUACAGUCACAAGCAGGAUGAGUACCAGUACAUGAACACCUCGCACACCAGCGUACAGAUACAUGGCCUCCAGCCCUUCACGGACUACGAGGUGUCAGUUCGGGUCAUGGACGGAAGAGAAUACUCCACAUGGAGCAUGUCGUCUCUGGUCAGGACUCACGCAUCAGCACCCACCACGCCACCCACGGACCUGACUGUUCUUAGCGACAGACCGGACUCCAUCGCUAUCAACUGGCAACCCCCGACAAGGGCUAAUGGCGUCAUCACAGGGUAUGCCGUUCUGUACACCACGAAUAAAACACGGGACAAUGACGAAUGGACGGCCAUGCAGGUGGGUGGCGAGGAUCUGUCCACCCGCUUGAACAGCGUCAAGCCGGAGCAGACGUAUUACUUCAAGGUGCAGGCUCGAAACAGGAAGGGUUAUGGACCAUUCUCAAACAUUGUUGCUUUCACCACCUCAGCAGCAGCUCCGGGUACGGCGCCAGCAGACGUCACCGUGACAGCAGGAGAUGACAAAGGGGACACCGCUCUGAUCAGCUGGCAGCCUCCAAUCAUACCUAACGGCAUCAUCACAGGCUACCUCAUCUACUACUCCACGGACGAUACGAAGCCGGAGCGGGAGUGGGUGUUGGAGGGCAUGGUGGGUCACACACUGUCCACCACCAUCGCUGACCUCACACCCUGCACCAAGUAUUUCUUCAAGAUGCAGGCUCGCAACAAGGAAGGGUAUGGACCCCUGUCACGCUCGACCAUGAUCAGGACAUCAGGCACCGGGGAUGUGAUCUGCUCGCCAGAGACAAGAGACGUAGACAAUAAAUUGCCUCCAGUAGGUCUGAAGGCGCGGAAGAUUACUGCUGAAUCAGCACUUCUCACCUGGAAAGACACACACAAGAAGGGAACGAAAGACAAGGACGUCGUGUACAUAGCUCGGUAUAAGAGUGUGAAGCCAUCACUGGACGCCCACUUUAAGAACCUGACUGUUCACGACCCGUUCGUGGUGAUCAUGGGUCUGGAGGCCAACACGGAGUAUGAGAUGUCGGUCAUGUCAAUACGAUAUGGCGUCAGCAGCCCCUGGAGCAUGACGCUGGCAGUCAAGACAAAAGAAGCAGUACCUGGUGGUCCACCGGAGGACGUUACCAUGACAGCGGUCUCCGACAACAACCACGGCACUGUAAUCGUCACCUGGCAGCCUCCAGCCAAGACGAAUGGUUUAAUCACAGGGUACCUGGUGUUCUACACAGCAACAGAGGAUGCAGAGACGGGGGACUGGGUGAUGGAGGAGGUAGGGGGAGACCGACUCUCUGUUGUCAUCAAGGACCUGACCCCCGACACGCGAUACUACGUGAAGGUGCAGGCACAGAACAGGAAGGGCUUCGGUCAGAUGUCAAAGGUCGUCGUCUACACUGUCUCUGAUGCGGCAUGCACAGAACCAGGAUGUUCGCGUCCCACAAACCCUUGCAGGAAUAGCCCCUGUCCCCGGGGUACUACCUGUGUCACCAUGGAGACUGAUGACGCCAGGUAUGUGUGCGUGUGCAGCGAUGGGAAGAUGCGCACGGACUGCACCAUGGGGGACGGCCUGCUCUAGUUACCACCAUCUGCAUCAUGCGUCUUAAUCCUUAACCAACCGAAACAUCUCAGGAUGGCAAGACUGUGUCAAUCUGUAAAGAUUUGCUGUCACUUUUGUUAGGAUAAAAGUUUUAUGUUGACAUUCCAACUAAAUGUUUUUGCAUCAAAUCAUAUGUAUCAGGGGACAUAACUCUUGUAUGCUUAAAUUGUACUGUUAGGUUUAUUGGUCAAUUAUAUUUGUUAUGUAUUUUAGUCAUAUUGUUGAAUAAUGCCAAAAUGUCCUGUUAACAUUGUGUAUGAUAAAAAGAUGGUAUUGGUUAAUUUAAGUUGUGCAAACAUCCCCUGUAAGUAUUAGCAUGACUGAAUAACGAAGGUAGGUAAUUUUCAAACAUGUAAUGUCAGCACAAAGCAACCAGGUAGCUGUGUGUUGAAUAAAUCAGUUUGUAAAAAAGUUAGGUGACAUCAAUUAAAGAAAAAAUAUGCAUAGCAUACUUCUGAAAUGACAACCAAACAAGAUAAACAUCUUCAGUAUAAAAUAUACAGUGAUUCAAAACAAUUGUAAUGACAUUUCUGCCAAUAUAUUUAUAUAUCUGCCACUACACAAAACUGUCAUUCAUCAACUGUUUGUGUUACCGCCAAGAGCGGGGGAACACGUUGUCUAUAAUUAAUGUAUGGACUCCAGUGGGUGCACAGAGCAGGGUGGUAUCCACCUGAGUUAAACCUAUUAUUGUUGACUCAUUGUCAAGGGUAUAUAUAUGGGUAUUAACAUCAUAAUAAUAAUCUGUAUAUCUCUACUUAUCAGGAUAUAUAGCUUUUAAAGGUGGUGACAUAGAAAGUUAUUUUUAUAUGGUUUAUGUUACAUUCCAUUAUUUUACGAGUACUUACCUGUGUUCAUGUAUUACUUAACUGCGUUUAUAUGCUGAUUAUAUACAAUGAUAUAUGCAUCUUCCUGAGGCAAGGGAGUUAACUGACUGUAAAAGUCCUAUUUCUGUCCUAGCUGGAAUA